AUGCGGGUGGCCCCUGGCUGUGGUGGAUUCCUGGGGAUCCAGGACCGCCUCAUCCGCAUUUGGUCCUUGGAGAUGCAAAUUUGCCUGCAGGCCAUCGCUGAAGCCUCGGAGCUUUGGUGCCUGGCUCUCAACGCGCCGCAGACCAGGCUUGUCGCUGGCAGUAGCGAGAAGUUUCUUCACGUCUGGUCGUUGGAUCAUGAGGCGAAGACCAGUGAAGCAGGCGAUCUCCUCUUGGCCAAGUUCCAGGGUGCUGUGCCACGCACCGUGUCUUGGCGCAAAGCUUUGUGGGGCGGUGAUGCGGCCGCGAAGGCGAAGGGGUGCAUUGGAGCAUGGGUCAAGUCAAUGGAAACAUAAGAAUGAAAACAAUUGGGUCUCAAUAUGUCUCAAUAUGUCUCAAUAUG